AUCUCUUCUUCAAGUGGACAGUGGAAUUAAUAAGGCUUGUGACAUCUUCCACUUGCAAAAAAAAUCGAAACGGCAAACUUAUUCCCACUACGUUUGUUCUGUCUUAGUCUCUUCAAACAUUUUGUAAUAAACAAAAUCAAGAAAAGAGAAAAACAAUAUCUUCGACCGUGCUAACGUCUUCUAUCGAUCACCACAAAUAAUAUUAUUAUUCCCUCUUUAAUUAAUUUCUGCCUGUUGCCAACUUUCUAAGCACUAUAAAAUAAACAGUUGAAGAGAAACAAAAUAACCAGCAGCUGUUCUUCCUGAAAUUCAAUCUUCAGCACUAAUAAUAUGGAAGAGAAAUUUCGAUUAGCAGUUGGCAUUAUGGGGAAUGCAGCCUCUAUGCUACUUUAUUCUGCACCGAUAUUAACUUUCGCAAGGGUGAUACGAAAGAAGAGCACGGAAGAAUUUUCGUGUGUGCCGUACAUCAUAGCACUAUUGAACUGCUUCCUCUACACUUGGUACGGUUUGCCCGUAGUGAGUUACAAGUGGGAGAAUUUCCCCGUGGUCACCAUUAACGGAUUAGGGAUUCUUCUCGAGGUUUCCUUCAUCAUCGUAUACUUCUACUUCGCUUCAACUAAUGGCAAGAAGAAGGUGGCUAUGUUUACAGUACCUGUUGUCCUGGUAUUUUGCGCUGUUGCAAUAUUAUCGGCAUUUGUAUUUCACGAUCAUACUCAUCGAAAGGCAUUCGUUGGGAGCGUUGGAUUGGUGGCAUCUGUUGCAAUGUAUGGUUCUCCACUAGUGGCUAUGAAACGAGUGAUAGAGACAAAGAGCGUGGAAUACAUGCCGUUCUACUUGUCGUUUUUUUCGUUCCUCGCUAGCUCUCUUUGGAUGGCUUAUGGAUUACUAAGUCACGAUCUUAUUCUUGCGGCUCCAAACCUAGUUGGUAGCCCUCUAGGCAUGCUUCAGCUUGUGCUGUACUGCGUGUACAGGAAAAGGGGAACUAAUAAUCAUGUCGAACAACCUCUUCAAAAAUGGGAUGUCGAAAAUUAUUCUGACAACACCAUUGAUGAGAAAAAUCAGAGGAUUAAUAAUAAGCUCAUCGUUACGACUCAUGACGGCAAUGAUGACGCAACAAAUGGAAAGAAAUAAUUCACUCGAGAUUGAUUAAUGAGCUUCUUCUUAGUGCAUCAUAAUCCACCUAAUAAUUAGAAUAUUCCUUUUUUUUUUUUUUUGAGUAAUUAAUUAUGCAGUCGACAAGGGAUAAAUGUUGCAUUAUAUUAUUGCACAAGGUAGAGAAACUGCUACAGUGGGUGUAGCUAGUGAAAAAAUUUGCAUCUGUACCAGAUAUAUAAUAUGUAGUUGAUGAAAUGCAAAAUGUAUGUUCAACCUGAUGUAAAACAAUAAAAAAUUAAUUACCCAUUAAUGCAUACUUUGUCAAUUUUAAUCCCACUUAAGAA